CGCGGGUCUGCCCGGCGCGGACCGGCCGGAGAGGGGGCCGAUGGGUCGGUCAUCUGCGGUCGGAAAGGAGCGGCCCUCCCCCUGAAAGCCAUGCCAUGGCUCUUCCCUUCGGAGACAUGACGAUUCUGAACGGCACCACUAUGGACCAAGGAGGGCCGGAGGCAGACGGGGACUCCACUUUCCGCAUCCUCGCCGCCUGCUUUCUCUCGCUGCUCAUCCUGUCCACCCUCCUGGGCAACACGCUGGUGUGUGCGGCCGUGGUUCGGUUCCGCCACCUGCGGUCCAAGGUGACCAAUUUCUUCGUCAUCUCCUUGGCCGUGUCCGACCUGCUGGUGGCGGUUCUGGUCAUGCCGUGGAAGGCCGUGGCCGAGGUGGCCGGCUUCUGGCCCUUCGGCUCUUUCUGCAGCAUCUGGGUGGCCUUUGACAUCAUGUGCUCCACGGCGUCCAUCUUAAACCUCUGCGUCAUCAGCGUGGACAGGUACUGGGCCAUCUCCAGCCCGUUCAGGUACGAGAGGAAAAUGACCCCCAAGGCCGCCUUCGUCCUGAUCAGCGUCGCUUGGACCCUGUCCGUGUUGAUCUCCUUCAUCCCCGUCCAGCUGAACUGGCACAGGGCGAAGGCCGCGGCCGUCCCCGGUGGCAACGGCAGCUCUCUGGUCGAAGCCACGGACAACUGCGAUGCCAGCCUGAGUAGGACCUACGCCAUCUCCUCGUCGUUGAUCAGCUUCUACAUUCCGGUGGCCAUCAUGAUCGUCACCUACACGAGGAUCUACCGGAUCGCUCAGAAACAAAUCCGGCGCAUCUCGGCCCUGGAGAGAGCCGCCGUGCAUGCCAAGAACUGCCAGAACACUUCCGGGAACGGGGGCGGCGUCGAGGGCCCGCAGCCCGAGAGCAACUUCAAGAUGUCCUUCAAGAGAGAAACGAAAGUUCUAAAGACGCUGUCCGUGAUCAUGGGGGUGUUUGUGUGCUGUUGGCUACCCUUCUUCAUAUUGAACUGCAUGGUGCCCUUCUGCGAGUCCCAUUUGCCCGACGACGAAAACAAGCCCUUCUGUAUCGACGCGAUUACUUUCGAUGUUUUCGUUUGGUUUGGGUGGGCCAACUCCUCCCUGAACCCCAUCAUCUAUGCCUUCAACGCCGACUUCCGUAAGGCAUUUUCGACUCUGUUAGGAUGCUACAGGCUUUGCCCCGUGGCGAGCAACGCCAUAGAGACCGUCAGCAUCAACAACAACGGGGCGGUGGUGUUUUCCAGCCACCACGAGCCCCGGGGGUCCCUUUCGAAGGAGGGUAACCCGGUUUACCUGAUUCCACAUACGCUCACCUCUCCAGAAGGCCAACCGCUAAAAGAAGAGCAGCACGGGCUCUCCGGGUCUCUGGAGAAAAUGGUCCCGGCUCUCUCGGCCACUCUGGAUUACGAAGCCGAUGUGUCUUUGGAAAAGAUCAACCCCAUCACACAGAAUGGGCAGCAUAAAACCUGAACCGUAAGAUGAACCCUGCAACCUUUACUAGUUGAAAGAGAUACACAAGAUGUCAUUUUUGGUGGUUGGUUGUUUUUUGUUUUUUUCUUUUUAAGAAACUAAGCUGCGGUGAGACUUUCCCAUCACCAAACAGCCCAGAGGUGUUUGCAUCUGGUUUUCAACUUGAUUUUCAAAGACACCAUAAGGUAUUUUAUACCUGUUGGCAUUUCUCUAUUGUUCAUAGUGAAUGAAACGGAGAGCCAAGGGAAGGCUUAGUUCAGGAAAAAGCAAACAAAGCCCAGAACAUUCUUUGGGGUCUAUAAUUCUGUAUAGAAACCUGUUUUUAUAUUAGUGACUGAAAAUAGGGACGGAACGCCAAGAAUGAAUGACUCUCCUUAAAAACGAACCUUUCUGGGAAGGAAACGAGAGGGUUGAGCUAUAAAUAGGUGCUAACAUAUUUUAAGUAAAGUUUUCAGUUUGUAAAGGUAGGUAGAUACCUUCGUAAAAUCAUUUCUGAAAAGAACGAAAACAAAAACAAAACCAAACAAUUGAGCCUUAUAGUGAGAAUGGAUAUUUUUAAGAUUCAGGAGCUGCUUUGUUAAUACCAGUUUUAUUUAUUUAUUGUUUUAAAGGGAUAUUUUAAUAUGCUACCACAGAUCUAUCUUUAUCUUAUGUAAAAGGGUAAAAGUGGGAUAUUCUGAGACCUCACGACGACGUUUUUGACCAGUUGACUCGUCAGCACUUUAUAAACCAAAAAUGAAACCAUUAAAAGACCUCGGAACUUUUGAAUAACAGAUCAAGUGAAAACGCUUAUAGAAAACUUUUUUAAAAUCAGCAAAAACAGGAUAGGAAAACAGGCUUGUUGCAAGGGUCUCCUUGGGAGGAGCGUAAGGUCAGCGUGGACAAGAGAUGUAGAGGUUCUUUUUACUCUGAGAGGAAAACAUGGAAUUUUUACAGCUCGUUUCCAAAAUUUCAAAGACUGCGAGCCUCCAGAUUGAUAAGCCUUUGAAAUAGGAAUGCCAUCUUCAGAAGAACAAAAUUUGAGAAGAGCUUCUCAGUUAGCAACCAUGAGUAUAUAACAUUUUGUAUUUAUGUAAAAUAAUUGGCUUUCUCAUCUUUUCUUAUUCAGGACUUGGGUAUCUUUUCUGAACAAAACAAAUGACUACGAUGGUUAGAAAUGCACAGCAAGAUGACAAACUUGGGUAACAAACUGUAUCCAUUACAGCCACACCAGUAGUCAAAAGGUCAUACUACUGUAUACAUCUGCUACUGUUCUACAGUCAGAUUUUCACUUCCUGAGUUGGGUACUUUUGCGCUUUACCUUUGAACCUAGAAGCAAGUCAUUUAAACAUGUGAAUAGUAUGUUGAAUAAUGAAUAGUGCCUCAUUACCAUCUUGGAUUAAGACAUUUCCAAAGGUGGCUGGGACUAGAACCCUGUUAGGUUCAAAGGACUCAUGGCCACCUCAAAGUCACCAGUAUUUCUUUGGAGAAUUGCUAGCUCUUUCACCGUACUUUGAACAAAGUUCCUGUCACUUUCCCUCUGUCUUGUAAAAAGCAUCAUUAGGGACGAUGGUUAGGGGUAUCGAGAUAUGGAACUGGAAUUUCAAGAACGCUUUAUUCUUGAAAUGAUUACAAGUUCUCUUUGAACAAACCAUUUGCAGAGUGGUUGAUCGAAAGUGUUUAUGAGGAAAAAAAAACCUGAACAAAAUUAGAAAUCUAAUGAAAUAAAUACA